UGAAUGGGGAAAUUGGUGAAAAGUGCUCCCGCAACUCCCUCUCAAUCACUCUCAACAACAUAAGGCAUACAUAGGAGCGGGCAAAAACACUAAAAAUUAACUGAUAAAGUGCCUUGUAAAGUGGCCUCCAGAAAGUAUUGUCAGUUGAGAAGUGUACUCAGUGCUAUCCACAUCGAAAUUUGGUCUUUAGAUGGAACAAUUCUCAAGUGAAAUCAUUUAUUUAAUGCCAUAAAGGGCUAAAAGUUAAUAGUUUUUAGUAGAGAGACAUUUUCCAAUACAAAGUGAAUAUAAUUUAUCACGAAAAAGGCAUCAUCAGCUCCUGCUUGUUGCCUCCGCCCCUCAACUUCCCUCUUUUGUGCCUUUUUAUCUGUGACGACUGAACUUAAUGUGCCUUUGAACCCAUAUAACCAGUGCUAUAUACAGGGAAUCUGGGUGAAAAAUGGAGCCAAAAUUAUCAAUGAGCACCGUAAAAGGAUAUCCAAAUCUACCACUCAACGACAAAAUCAAUACAAUUCAUUUUCUAAAUGCAUCAAGAGAGGUUGUAACCACAUUUGAAUCGUUUGGAAAACUGUUUAAGCCUGUGGUGUAUGACAUGAAUGGCAAUAUUGAGAAACUCCAUAAACAUUAUCUGCAAGACAAGACCCGAAAUCAGUUCCUCGAGGAUUUACUAGUGGAUGAUGUCAGGGAUAAACGUGUAAUUGUGGAGCCUCUACUCUGGCUCAAAAGAGCAUUGGAAAUGAUUGAGGCAUUUUUCACCAACGUUCUCAACGAUGCUUCCAGUCAAGAAGAUUUAAGACAACACAUCCGAGAUGCAUACAAAUGUACACUGCAACCAUUUCAUGGGUGGAUUGUCCAAGAAGCAUUUUCCGUAAUUUAUCGAUGGAUUCCAACACGAAGCCAAUUAUUUGGGUGUGGAGAGCAACUUGCUGAGAAUAUGAAGUACCUCGAGGCCUUCCUUAAACCUCUCCGAGAGCAUUUGCAGCGAAUAAACAACCUCUACAGUGCCCAUAAUUUGAAUUCAACGAGAAAAGUGUGAUUUAGAACAGUAAUUCCCUCUACUUUUUAAACUUUUAAAAUUUAAAACCUCACUAAAUCAUCACAAUGUGUGCCAGAGUUGACAAUAUAUACAUCAGCCAUA